CCAAUACCAUCACAUCAUACCGUAUCUGGCCUUUUCCCAGGACCAAGCUCUGCGAUGCUAUACCCGGCACAAUUGAGGGUAGUUGCCUUGCGCCGUCCAUUUGCGACACGUCUUCGCGGCACCCAAAGUCCUUCCCGAAUCCUAGUUCGUGCUUCAAGCCUUUCUGCGAUCCACCGAGGAAUCCGUACCUCCGAGCGAGUCCAAUACGGCGCGCCACGAUCUUCCGGAGACUCGAUCGAUCGAAACCGACGUGAUGGAUCUGAAGUGAGGCCGAGGAGGAGUGGUUUUGCGGGUCGGGAGUCCCGGGGUUCGAAACCUGGCGGUCGAUCGGACGGGAGAUCAGGCAGGAGACCGUCCUUCAGUCGAGAACCUCAAGAUGAGUUUGCAUCAAAGUUUAAUGCUCGAGCCGGUUCUGCACCAAGGAGGGGAGCUUCUUUCGGUCGAGAAUCUCGAGAUACCUUUGCCUCAAAAUCUACGUCCAAGGCCAUGGACGGUGCCUCCAACUGGCGUCAGCAGCAAAAGCUACGGAAGAAACUUGCAAAGAAAAAGGAGGAGGAAGAUGAGGAAGACGAGGAGUACCGCAGGACCCGCAGAAAGCGAUUUACAGACUCUGAGUUCUCUUUCGGCAAGAAGAGCUUGGUUUACCGACUGAAGUACGGCGAUCUUAAAGAAACGGCCGCCAACCUGGACUUGCAAGAACCCGUCCGGCCUAGAUCGUUCCGCGAUGCCAGGCGUGACAAUGCGCGCGAUGAGCGAGAGGCAAGGGAAAAGGGCCGCGCUAGUUUGAGUGAGGAACUAAGACGAAGCGAGCGACGAAGCGACAGUGAUGGGGAUUCUCGCGAUACAUCUUCUCCGUUCCGCUCAAGACAGACUGAGCAGCGAACCGAUCGCGAUGGGGGGUAUCCUGGUUCGUCGGCUCCCAUGGGCUCAAGGCAAUUCGAACGACGAAGUAGCGGCGGUGGAGGAUUCCGCGACGGUGCGAGGAGCUCAAGACACACCGAGCGACGAGGUGACGGCGACGAGGAAUAUCACGACUCGAUGCCGAUUCGCGGGCGCAAGAAGGAGAUGAUGCCCAUGACGAUCAAGUACACCACUGCUGCGUCCCAAUUCUUAUAUGGAAGGUCGGUUGUCAAGGCAGCCCUUGAGCAAGGAAGGCGAAAGCUCUACAACCUCUAUAUUUACGGCGGAGAGAACCGGAAAGACUCCAAGGACAACACCAUCAUGACCCGGCUAGCCAAGAAGCACAAUAUCCCCAUCACCAUCGUUCCCAACCACGAGCAGCGCAUCAUGGACAAGAUGAGCAUGGGUCGACCUCACAACGGCUUUGUGCUUGAAGCAUCACCUCUUCCACAACUCCCCAUUAGGGCCUUGGGAAGACUGGAAGAAACUACGACCAGAUUGGGAUUCCACGUUGAACUGGACUUCCAAAUGAAGGAGGAGGAGGCCAUCAACGGGACCGACACAUUUGUUCGACGUGCCAACGAUGUCAUGCCCAAGCCUUUCGUUCUGUUGUUGAAUGAGAUUCUUGACCCUGGAAACCUGGGAGGCAUUCUCCGUACAGCCAGUUAUCUUGGCAUUGAUGCCGUCGGUAUUACUACUCGCGGCUCCUCGACCCUGACACCCGUCGUCCUCAAGUCGGCGGCGGGUGCGGUGGAAGAGAUCUCGUUGUUCACCGUGGAUGACCCCCUCACAUUUAUGGAGGAGUCGAGCAAGGCAGGAUGGAAGACCUUUGCGGCAGUUGCACCGCCGGACAGGAAGCUGGUCCGAAAGCAUGGUGACAAGUUCAUCUCAACAGAUGCUAUCGAGGCCAAGAGCCCGCUCAAUGAGCACCCCUGCAUCCUUGUUCUCGGCAAUGAGGGACAUGGACUAUCAAAGCCGCUCAAGAUGGCCGCCGAUCACGAGUUGUCUGUGCCGCGAUUCGUCCAGGGCAGUUGCGUGGACAGUUUGAACGUCAGCGUUGCAGCUGGACUUUUGUGUCAUUCUUUUGUCAAAGAAGUCGAGGUUGCGAAGAAGGUUGAGCAGAACGUCGAGCAAAAUGUUGUCUCCGAUGAGACGCAGCAGGUCAUUGACUUGGUGGCGAAGUUGGAGAUGAAAGACGAAAAGAAGGAAGAAACGCCGCUGUCCGAGGUGGAAGAGGCGACUCAAGAGCAAGAGCCAGAGGAAAGAAUCAUCGAAAAGAAAGCAGAGGAGAAGAAGCCAGAAAAGGAGAUGGACUUGGGCUUCUAAACGACCAAAACCACCAUGUACCACAUAUCAUGACACCACUACACACCCCUGUAUUAUACCUAGGCCCAUGUUCAUGAGGAAUGAGCCACUGACAUGUAAACCAAAAUCUUGUAUAAUAGGAUGACCAUGUAUAGAUAUAGAUUUGAGAUGAAUCUUACGCACUCGACUUCCCAAA